AUGGUCCGAUCAGUCCACAACCCGCUGCUCUUUGAGUGCGCUUGGGAGGUGGCCAACAAGGUCGGAGGUAUCUACACCGUCAUCAAGACCAAGGUGCCUGUUACCGUCCGGGAAUUUGGAGACCGAGUCGUUUUGAUCGGCCCGCUGUCGUACAAGUCUGCCCCGAUGGAAGUAGAGAGCGAGGAGGUUGAACCCGGAACUCCCUUCGGCGACACCCUCAUUCAAAUGCGGAACCACGGCGUCAAGUGGGUGUACGGUCGAUGGCUUAUCGAGGGUGCGCCCAGAGUACUCCUCUUUGACACUGGAAGCUGCUACAACCGGAUGGACGAGUGGAAGACGGACCUUUGGAACUUGGCCGGUAUCCCGGCCCCACCAAACGACCACGAGACGAACGAGACGAUCGUAUUUGGUUACAUUGUCGCUUGGUUCCUCGGCGAGUUCGCAGCUCGUGAGACUGACAAGGCCAUCAUUGCCCACUUCCACGAAUGGCAAGCCGGUCUCGCCAUCCCUCUCUGCCGCAAGCGCCAUAUCGACGUAACCACCAUCUUCACGACCCACGCUACCCUGCUCGGCCGAUACCUCUGUGCGGGAAGUGUCGAUUUCUACAAUAACUUGCAGUACUUUGACGUCGACCACGAGGCUGGGAAGCGAGGAAUCUACCACCGAUACUGCAUUGAGCGCGCGGCGACGCACUGUGCCGACGUCUUUACGACCGUUUCGCACAUUACCGCCUUUGAGUCGGAGCAUCUUCUCAAGCGCAAGCCCGACGGUGUCCUGCCCAACGGUCUCAACGUUGUCAAAUUCGCCGCGAUGCACGAAUUCCAGAACCUGCACGUCCAGGCCAAGGAGAAGAUCAACGAUUUCAUCCGGGGUCACUUCUACGGUCAUUAUGACUUUGACCUCGAGAACACCAUCUACCUGUUCACUGCCGGACGAUACGAGUACCGGAACAAGGGUGUGGAUAUGUUCAUCGAGUCGCUUGCUCGUCUCAACCAUCGUCUGCAAAAGGCCGGAUCAAAGACGACCGUUGUGGCCUUCAUCAUCAUGCCCGCUGCGACAAACUCGUACACCAUCGAGGCGCUCAAGGGUCAGGCUGUGACUGCCCAGCUCAAGGAGACUGUCGCGCAGGUCACCGCCAGGGUCGGAAAGCGGAUCUUUGAACACGCUGCGAGAUACUCCGGCGAACACGGUACCGAAGUUCCCGACCCGGCGACCCUGCUCAGCAAGGAAGACCAGAUCCUCCUUAAACGGCGCGUAUUCGCACUCAAGCGGAACUCGCUCCCGCCCGUUACGACCCACAACAUGGCGGACGACGCCAACGACCCAAUCCUGAACCAGAUCCGAAGGGUUCAGCUGUUCAACCGGCCCUCGGACCGCGUCAAGAUCAUCUUCCACCCAGAGUUCCUGAACUCCAACAACCCGAUUCUUGGGUUGGACUAUGAGGAGUUUGUCAGGGGUUGCCACAUGGGUGUAUUCCCUUCUUACUACGAACCGUUCGGAUACACCCCGGCAGAGUGUACCGUUAUGGGUAUCCCGAAUAUCACGACCAACCUUUCUGGGUUCGGUUGUUUCAUGGAGGACCUGCUCGAGACCCCGGAUGACUACGGUUGUUACAUUGUCGACCGAAGGAGCCAAGGUGUGGAGGAAUCGGUCAACCAACUUACCGGCCAGCUCAUGUCCUUCGUGACCAAGUCUCGCCGGCAGCGUAUCAACCAGCGUAACCGUACCGAGCGUCUUUCCGAGCUCCUCGACUGGAAGUCUCUCGGUCUCGAAUACGUCAAGGCCCGCCAGCUUGCGCUCCGCCGCGCCUACCCCGACUCGUUCGACGACGACGAGCCGGACUUUACCGGUGUCAAGCGGGUCGGCGCGCCCCUCUCGGAGCCCGGAAGCCCGAGGUACAAGUCGGGCAUGAUGACGCCGGGUGACUAUGCGACUUUGACAGAGGAGAUGGAACAUCUCGGCACGUCAGACUAUAUGGGAGCCAAAAGCUGGAAAGGUAUCAACGAAGAGGACGACGACAACCACUACCCCUUCCCCCUGGUCAUGAAGCCUCGGAACCGGUCCGACUCGCUCAGCUCCGCCAUUUCCGGCGCGGCGACCCCAUCUGGCGGGCGCAAGCUUAGCGAGAAGGACCUCGAGCGUGCCGAUGCUGCGCUGAGCAAUGUCGCCAAUGGCAAUGGUCAUUAG